AUGGAGGAGGGCGCCUUCAUGGAUACUUUUCUUGGGCAGGUUGUCCAAACUGUGACACUGGGCCUCUCAUUCCUUAUCAUUCUUUGGGAGAUUUACCUCAAUACGUUGUAUCCACGUGUCUACCCCACGUACAAUCCCAUGGACCCACAAAUCUUGGUUGACGAGUCCAUGCAGCAGGACGAAUAG